CCCGCGCCCGCCCCCGCUACCGCCGGACUCGCGAGAUGGCGACGCACUCCCCCGUCGAGGUCAACCCAUCAAAUGUGGUCGCCAUCAGUGUCGAGAACUUGAAAAAAGCCCUUGACAAGAAGGAUCCAUUCGACCGUCUGACCAACCGGGACAAGGCUUUUAUCGACUGUGCCAAGAUCUUUACGGUCGUGUGUGCAGGUGGCAUUAAUAUGCUGAAUGUGUUCGCUACCACGAUGUCGUAUAACCACACUAUCAAAGAGUUCAAGAGGAUGAGGCCUGUGAUGCAGCAGGUGUUCCUAGCUCUCACAAUCGCCAUGCUACCAUACACUCUCUGCGUUGCCGGCUUUUCGCAUGCGGUGGUGUACAAAACAGCUUGGAUCAAUUGGCUUGCACUCUGUAUGUUGGUUGAGUUGUGUUACACAGGUGUGUUGUGCUUUUUGUGUGGCUACUUCUUGACGGACACUGAUUUGGGUACCGUAUUGGCUAUCUCGAUCUUAGUGACCGUGCUUCUCUUAUUCUUCUACUUCUGGCUCUUCCGGCGCCCCGAUCUCAAGCACUGUGGUCCGAAGGAGGUGGUCGCGGACGCGGAGGGGGGACAGUGAGAGACUGUUUCCUGAAGAGAGGUUGGUCUUGUCGCUGAUGACUCGAGUGCUACCUGAAGAUAGCUUUUGGCUCAUGUCCCGGCUGCCACAUGAAGGAUGAAUUACCAGCAUAUUGAAGAGUAGACUUUUGCCUCUGGGGUUUUCAUGGAGUGGUGUAGUACCUUCCAAGUUCUGAAACUACGCACUUUAAUUUUGUGCAUGUGGCUACAUGACCUGUCAUCCUGAUUCCUGCCCAUAUGGGUGCUUCUUCGAGAGGAGAGAGGCUACAUACGAUCUGGCAUUUUGUCUGAUGUGUCACCUCAGCGCACGUUCUUUGUGAAAUACAGUAUAACCUGUCAUCUUGUACUA